GCGCCUAGAGCGAGGCUAGGGUAGAGAGGCCGACCGAGCUGGAGUCGUCGGCUUGUGGAGGAAGCAGCUGGGAGCUGGCGAGAGCGUGAGCGAGCGGGCGGGCAGGCGAACGAGCUAGCGCAGGCGGGAGGGAGCGGCGCACGGCGCGGAGCAGCGGCAGCCCGGGCCGCGGCGGAGCCUCAGUCGGAGGGCAGCCCGAGCGGGCGCCUCGGUCCCCGCCCCCACUCGGCGGGGCAGUGCCCGGUGUUCCCCCGUGCGGGGGGCGGCGGCUGAGCGGACCCCACGGGACCGCGCGGGUGUUGCCACCUCGGCCGAGGAGCCGGCGAGGCCGCGGGGCCCUGCGAGCUGGGCCCGGAGCCCGUGACAGACGGGCCAAGGAGGGGAGAGAGGCGGCGGCGGCGCAGGCGACGGGGAGGCAGCGGCAGCGGCGACACCAUGUCAUCCCCCAGUCCCGGCAAGAGGCGGAUGGACACGGACGUAGUCAAGCUCAUUGAAAGCAAACAUGAGGUUACAAUCCUAGGAGGACUCAAUGAAUUCGUUGUCAAGUUUUACGGACCACAAGGAACACCAUAUGAAGGCGGGGUGUGGAAAGUGAGAGUGGACCUUCCUGAUAAAUACCCUUUCAAGUCUCCAUCUAUAGGAUUCAUGAAUAAAAUUUUCCAUCCCAACAUUGAUGAAGCGUCAGGAACUGUGUGUCUAGAUGUAAUUAAUCAAACUUGGACAGCUCUCUAUGAUCUUACCAAUAUAUUUGAGUCCUUCCUGCCCCAGUUGCUGGCCUAUCCUAACCCCAUAGAUCCUCUCAAUGGUGACGCUGCAGCCAUGUACCUCCACCGACCAGAAGAGUACAAGCAGAAAAUUAAAGAGUACAUCCAGAAGUACGCAACGGAAGAGGCCCUGAAGGAACAGGAAGAGGGCACUGGCGACAGCUCAUCGGAGAGUUCUAUGUCUGACUUCUCAGAAGAUGAGGCCCAGGACAUGGAGUUGUAGUAGAAAAGGCAUCUGCUUUUCAGAAAGACUAUUAUUUCCUAACCAUGAGAAGCAGACUCUAAUAUUCAUAUUUAAACAAAGCAAUUUUUUUUAUUACUAAACAAGGUUUUUAUGAAUAAUAGCAUUGAUAUAUAUAUAUUAUAUAUCACCCUUUAGAUCUUGAUUUCUUGGUCAUUUCUCAACCUGAGGUGCAUAGCAUAUUCCCACAUUCCAUUUUGGUAGCAAUAUGCAGUCCGAAUGCAUGCAUUCAUAAGUCCAUUUGGCCAAGUCAGCCUGUGUGCUACUGAACUGUCAAGAGAUUGCCACUCUCAUAGGUAAACAUGAGGAAAACAGGAAAAGUUUGCUUCUUUUUAUUGAUGGUUCCAAAGAAACAAACCAAAUCUACCAGCUCUUGGAUGAAGAUAGAACAGUGCUUUUCCAGAGUGGGAAGGAAGGGGUUGAGACGCGUGCUUUGAGAGCCUGUGAGGCUGCUCCGUCCUUGCCAGCUGCUCCCUAGUCCUGAGUGGUCCUUGGUGAGGAGCAGCAAGAUGCAGCGAGUUGAGUGAGACUUAGGGCUUUUGAUUUUUUUUUUUUUUUUUUUUGACUCGGAUUUAAGUGCAUUUUUCUAGGUAGACUCCUGCCCUCCUUGCUACCAGACCUGCAGCCACCUUGGUUUUGCCUUGGAGAACAUUUGGGGAGCAUUUCCUGAACCCAUGUCUUUUGGGGGUACAGCUUGUCAUCCAGCAGGAAUUAUUGAGCGAGCAGGACUGGAGGAGACGGGAAUGAAGACACAAGAGUGACAUCUGAUCCUAGCACGGGGCCUGUUGAUCCAUUGCCUGGACUGAGCUGUGAAACUGGACGCGGUUUUGGUUUUUUGUUUUGUGUUUCUUUUUUCUUAAUUUGUGUGAAUUGUACCUAGACAGGUUACAGAUUUAAUUUUCACCUACCAAGGGACAGUCUCCUCCCUGGACAAGGCUCAGUGGACCAUCAGAUGGAGGAAGACUGGCCCCAUUGCUUGAGCCCCUGUGCGACCCUUGACCUCCAGCCUUAGUUCUCCUGGAAGCUGCCAACUGCUUACGGGAGUGGGUAGAUUGGGCGUCUGAGACCCAGAACAUCCUAAAUUUGCAAUGGGUAACAGCUGAAACAAACGGAAGUUUUUGUACCAAAGUGGCCGGAGGUGGGGAAGAACUACUUUCGAGAAUUGUUACGGAGGCAGGUUGAGGGGACACUUUGACCCUCCAAGGUAACAGCCAGUCAGAUGGCUUGAGGUGCCUGGCCCAUGCUGCCGGCUAAAUGCCAUCCAGUGUGCCCAGCAGUUUCAGACCUGACUCUGGAGGGAAUUUGGAGACAGUGUAGACAGCAGCUCUGCUCUGUAUUCUUUUUGACAAAACCAGAACAGUAGAAGUAGCCAAUCGUAAGACCUGAAGACAUUUUGAAUGUCCCACUGGACUAACCUUUCUUUUGAUGUGUGUUUUUAGUUUAGAAGUGCUAUAUUCCACAAGGGUUAAGUCAAUGAGGUUGGAAGACACCUAUCUUUUUUUUUAAUUCAAAAAGCACAAUCAGUCUUUCCUUUGAAAAUCCAUAUAAAGUACAACUUUUAGCGUGAUUAUUUUCCUAAAUACAAAGACAAAUAAUUUACUUAUUUUAUGUUAAUUACGGGCAUGAAGCAAAAGGUUUCUUUGGGGAACAUGCAGUUUUGUAGUGCUGGGGUUGGUUCAUGUCCUCUGGCACCCUGGCUUGUUGAAAGGUGGCUUUAGCUGUGUGCUGUGUACCUGCUUACGUGGCCUGCUGUCCUCUGUGUGAUUAGGAGGGUUUCUGCUGGCCCUGCAGCUUGCUUCCCUGCGGAUUAGGCCUUUGCUCAUGCUAUAGCCUUCAUGUGGGUGCUACCUAGAGCAGGCGUGAACUGCUGGGUGGUGAUUGUGAGUUCAGACAAUAAAAAAAAUGUAUUUUUUUCAAUACUGUAUAAAAAUAGUAUUCUGAUUACCUCCCCCUCAAUAAAAAAAAAGUCCAGAUAAUUGCUUUUGAUAUUGAUGGAAAAACUACAAAACAGACACAACAAACCAGAGCCAAGUUUGGGGAACGGGUGUGAGCAGCUCUGGCUCCUGACCCUCACCGGGUCCGCUUUGCCCCAGUGAAGAGACAGCAUUCCUUCCUGUGCAGACCUGAGUGCAGAGUGUGUCCAUCUCGGCGUAUGGUGAAGGUGUCACUGGGUUCUGCAGCACUGGAGUUUCCAUGACCGCUCCCACAUCACCCCACCCUCGACUCUGGCACCAGUAUGGUUCUAUGCAUGUUGCAGCUCUCUGGGCUGUGACUCUGUUAAGAAGGUUUGCCAGCUUUCUGGCCCUUCCCCGCUCCUAGUUACUAGAUGACCAUACUCAUACUUGCAAAGGAGAGGAGAGAGUGCUAAAGCCUGGUUCUGACUGAGGGCUCUGCGUCCCUGCAGUAAACAGGUGAGAUCUGCAGCAGGGCAGGGCUGCUUUAACAGGCAGGGGUGGCAGUAAGUCACAGCUGCUGCUGCUGUCGUCUGCCCGCCAUUCAGCUAACCGUUCUGUUGAGGUCCUGCCUUGUGCUUUCCUAGUGGAAGCCGUCCUUUGCCCCCGUUGAUGACUUGAGCCCUUGCCAAACAAACACCGAUGAGUGAAGUGGCUGCAACUUGGCAGCCCCAAAACCUGCCACACCCCUGCACCCCUGGAAGCCCAGCACCGGGGCCAGCAGGCUGUGUUCCGUGCUUGCCAACCUAGACCCUGGCAUUAGAAAUUGUUUUGUCAGCAGUCUCUGCCCUCUCGAGAGAGAUGAGCAGCCUCAACUGACGUUUCUAUUAAUGAGUUAUCAGAAGUUGCAACAUCUCUCCAGCACUAAUGUGUUUUGUCCACUUCAAACGCUGUUCUAAUUGCCAACCGGCUGCUCUAGGCUCCUGAGGAGUGUCCCUUCUCAAAGGAACUGCGCCCUGGAAAGGGCUCCCCGAAGUUCUAGGUGGCCUUGACCUGACACUUGCAUUUUCUAGGCCACUCUUUGGGGUGGCUGAGAAUCAUGACAGACCCUCUGCCAGUCUCUAGUUUCUCUGGGUCAGGUUUCUGAGUACUGGCAUUGGAUUUUAAGCGGCAUGUGACCCUUUGUGUUUUAGUGACUCAGAAAAGUCAAGCCAUUUGCAAAAGUUAGCAGUUUGUUUUGUCAACUUGUAACUGGGUCAUAGCCUUGCUGAGUGAAACCAACUCAUUUCUGAUUGGGCACAAAGAACUGCAUUCUUUGGACGUGUGAAUCCAUGUUCCUCUUCCUCUGGCCACUGAACACCUCCACCAGCUCUUUGGGAAUUGGAUGGAAAGGCGGCCCCUGGGGGCCAGGGGUGUGCAGCUUCCCACUCACGGGAGGAGUGGCCAGGGCUCUUGGUUUAGCAAUUACACAGCUCUAGGUGCGGGAAGAAAUGGCCUUUAAUUACUGAUUGUAUUUGGUACAUAUUGUGUGAUACUUGAAGAGAUAAAAGGGACUUACCAGCCCUUAAUUGAAAUCUAAGCUUUUUACCGCUUUCCCCUCCUUGCCCUCUCUCCUCCCUUCUGCCCUCCUUGCAUUGUGAUGAUCUAGUGGGCAUGUCUGUCACCUGGACAAUUGCCUCUUCUGACUAUAACCUCUUAAUAGUUGUGUAUAAUGAAAACUGUAAACUUUUUUAAAUAAAAUGUGUAUAUACCUUGGCAAA